AAAACGAAACUCAUUUAUAUAAAACGAAAUUGACAUUCAUAAAACGACAUUUUCUUCGAACAAACGACAUUUUUUACCGCGCCCUGCCACUGACAUCAAAGAAAAAACGGCGUUUUGACUUUUUUCCUCCUCCAUAAUUUACACUUGGGUUGAACAGUGGAGACGUGUGGUGCAUUGAAGUAUUAGCUGCUGUAGUCGCUGCUCCUCCGACUGUUGUGGUUGUGGAUGAACGACCAUUUGCAGAGGGGAAAAGAGUGUGUAUCGUACUUUCAAUAUUGCUAACGUUAGCAUCGUUAUCUCCUUCAAAAGUUCUUUCACAAUUGUUGGAGCAAUCACUUUCAGAGAGCUGAGUGAUGGCUGCAACAAGGUCUGUUCGUUGUAACUUGCGCGCAUAAUAUGGCUAAUUCCCUUGUCAAGAUUGCUGGUUUUGUUUUGAUAUAUUCCAUUGCUUCCUUCUAUGGGUUGUUGGUUUCAGUAUUUUUGUUAUUUAAAUUGUGCCAGUUAAGAGGAAAAUUGUUCAAGAAAACACAAAGAAAACAAGCUCCAGAAUGUCUUCAAGAUGCUUCUUUUGGCAAUCAUCAUUAUGUCACAACAAAAUCUGGUCAUAAGUUUCAUUAUGUUGCAAAAGGAGACACUGAUAAACCAUUGAUGUUGUGCUUGCAUGGAUUCCCAGAGUUUUGGUUUAGUUGGAGAUUUCAGCUGAAAGAGUUUAGCAAUGAUUACCAUGUUGUUGCUUUUGAUAUGAGAGGUUAUGGUGACAGCUAUAGUCCAACUGGGGCAAUUAAUUAUGUUGCUCAAUUUCUUGUUCAAGAUAUAAAAGAAGUUGUCGAUGCUCUUGGUUAUUCGUCUUGUAUUCUUCUUGGUCAUGAUUGGGGUGGAGUUUCGGCUUGGUCAUUUGCGAUGAUAUAUCCCGAUAUUGUGGAUAAACUUGUGAUCGUGAACGCACCUCAUCCAUUAGUUAUGCGGAAGAAAAAUGUGUUUUUAUCACGGAAACAAUUUUUUAUGUCCUGGUACGUAUUUUUCAAUUGUCUUCCGUAUUUGCCAGAAAUUUUUUUCUCUUUCAACGACAAUUGCCUUUUGACGAGAUACAUACUGAUACUGCCUGGACUGAUGAAGUAAAAGACGCCUUCAAAUACAUGUUUACAAAACCAGGGGCAUGGACUCCCCCUAUCAACUACUAUCGCGCUGCAAUGCUUUACGCAGGCAAUGUGUCUUGGCCAAAAAAAGCAAAGAAAGUGAUUUCAUUUCCAACGCUUGUUGUUUGGGGAAACAAUGACAAAUAUAUCGAUGAGAGUUUAUUAAACUAUCUUGAUGAAUAUGUUGAAAAUCUCACUGUGAAGAUAGUUGAAGGAGCAAGUCACUGGGUUCAACAGGAAAAGCCUGAUGUUGUGAACAAUUAUGUACGACAGUUCCUUGAAGUUAACUAAUUUCAUUAGCUCUGAGGAUUA